GCCAUCCAGCGCACAGUUGCUCAUCUUGCCAAUCUGCGAACACAUACGCGCUUCGCUUGCAGACGGAUUAGCCAUCGAGCACAUUGAAUCCAAGCAUGUUGUCCACCUGGCGCCUGCUGCUGCUGCUCCUCGGCACUUGUAGCCCGCUUUAUGCUCUGCCCACACACACGGCCACGGAUCUGGAGCUGAGCACCUGCGAGCUGCAGCUGGGCAAGUAUCGUCGCUUCAUACUGCAGGCCAUACUCAGCUUCGAGGAUGUGUGCGAUGCCUACAACUCACGACGCCUGGCUCCAGAUGAUGGCCCCGGCACCUCCGACACCUGGCUAUUCGAUCAAUAUGCGCCACCACCAACAUCGCAGCGUGGCGAGAUUUGGGCCUUCUUCAAGCUGCUAAUGGCACAGUUCAAUGACCUGGAGUUUGCCUCCAUCAUCAGGGAUGCGGUCAUCGAGCGCUGUCGCCUCAAGGUCCAGAGGGAUGACAAACGCAAUUCGGUGGUUCUCGGCAAGAAGCAGCGCUUCCACUCCUGGGGCGGCAAGCGCUCACCAGACCAAGCAUCGACGCUGUCAUUGGCAGAUGCCGUUGCCGGCGCAGGCAUGGAACACAAUUUAUAUUAAUUAUAAAGAUUUCUUGUAAUCAGCUAAUUGUUCGCCCAUCUACAACUUCGUUCCAAAUAUGUAUGAAAUGUCACUCUAUCAAUUAAUUACUGCACUAGUUCUAAAUAUUUAACAACAAUAACAAUAAAAAUAUCGCUGAGAGAGGUUACUCACCAUC